UCAAUCGAGGGCUGGAUCAUUAUGGUGACGAAUGUCCACGAGGAGGCAUCCGAGGAGGAUCUGACAGAGCUCUUUGGAGAGUACGGCGAAAUCCAGAACCUACACCUGAAUCUGGAUCGCAGGACGGGUUACGUCAAGGGCUAUGUACUUAUCGAGUACCCCACCCUCGACGAGGCGAAAGACGCCAUCAAGGGCGCAAACGGCACGAAGCUGCUCGAUCAAACUAUCAGCGUCGACUAUGCGUUCGUGCGU